UCGCAGUUUAUGGGCAAUUUAACUUGGUUAUUCUGAGUUUAAUCGUCUGUAAACGGGAUAUAAAGUGCUACACUACUUUAAGUUAAAAUGGGAGUGCCUGCUUUUUUUCGAUGGCUAAGCAAAAAAUAUCCUUGCGUUAUUAUAGAAUGUAAUGAAAAUAAGAGAGUAGAUGCGGAAACAGGCAAGACCAUCUUCGAAGAUUUAACUUUACCAAAUCCUAAUGGAGUGGAGUUUGAUAACUUAUAUCUUGAUAUGAACGGCAUAAUACACCCUUGCACCCAUCCUGAAGACAAACCAGCUCCUAAAAAUGAAGAAGAAAUGAUGGUUGCUAUAUUUGACUGCAUUGACAGACUUUUUGGUAUUGUACGCCCAAGAAAAUUAUUAUAUAUGGCCAUCGAUGGAGUUGCCCCCAGAGCAAAAAUGAAUCAACAGAGAUCUCGAAGGUUCCGAGCUGCAAAAGAAACAAUUGAAAAGAGAUUGGAAAUAGAACGUAUUCGAAAUGAACUGUUAACACGCGGCUGCAAACUUCCUCCGGAAAAAGAAAAAGGAGAACAUUUUGACUCAAACUGCAUAACUCCAGGAACACCUUUUAUGGAUAGACUAAGUAAAUGCUUACACUAUUAUAUACAUGAUCGCCUUAAUAACAAUCCGGCAUGGAAAGGAAUACAAGUUAUUUUAUCCGAUGCAAAUGUACCUGGAGAAGGAGAACACAAAAUCAUGGACUAUAUACGAAAGCAACGUGCGCAGCCUGACCAUAAUCCUAAUACACAUCAUGUUCUUUGCGGGGCUGAUGCAGAUCUGAUAAUGCUUGGACUCGCUACUCACGAGCCUAACUUUACUAUAAUUCGUGAAGAAUUCCUGCCAAAUAAGCCACGACCAUGUGACAUCUGUAAUCAAUUUGGUCACGAAAUGGACAAAUGUAUGGGUCUAAGUGCAGCUGGCACAAGUAAUAAUCAUUUUUCGCCAGAUGUUCCAAUUGGAGCAGAAGUGAAAUUUAUAUUUGUCCGAUUAAGUGUGUUGAGAGAAUAUCUUAAAAAAACUCUGCAAAUGCCCAAUUUACCUUUCAUAUAUGAUUUUGAGAGAGUCUUAGAUGACUGGGUAUUCAUGUGUUUUUUUGUCGGAAAUGAUUUUUUACCUCAUCUACCCAGUUUAGAAAUCAGAGAAGGUGCAGUUGAUCGUUUGGUUGAGUUGUACAAAAAAUGUGUUUACAAGACCAAAGGAUAUUUAACGGAUUCAGGUGACGUUAAUUUAGAUAGGGUUCAACUAAUAAUGACAGACUUAGGAAAUGUUGAGGAUCAAAUAUUCAAGGAUAGGCAAAGGAGGGAGCAGCAAUAUAAGGCGAGACAACAAAGAGAUAAUAAUAACUUUAAAGCCUUGGAAGAAUCUAUCUUCGGUCCGACGGCAGUUGGCCCAGGUAAAGAUAAAAGUCAAACCAUAACGAAUUAUAAACAGGCAGCAUCUUCUGUAAGAACGGCGUCAAAUGGGGCUACCAAACGUUCUAGUACAACAGCAAAUUUAGAUGAUGCUGAUGACGAGAACAAUGAUGAAGUCAGACUAUGGGAAGACGGAUUUAAAAACAGAUAUUACGAGUCUAAAUUUGAUGUACCCCCUGAAAAUCUCCAAUUUCGUUAUGCUGUUGCACUUCAAUAUGUAAGGGGUCUAUGCUGGGUUCUAAAAUAUUACUAUCAAGGCUGUGCUUCUUGGAACUGGUAUUUUCCCUACCAUUAUGCACCGUUUGCUUCGGACUUUGUAAAUAUACAAGGGCUUUCCACUAUUUUCGAAAAAGGAACAAAACCGUUUAAUCCCUUAGAGCAACUGAUGGGUGUUUUUCCAGCAGCUAGCAGUUCCCAUGUUCCAGAGCCUUGGGCACAACUAAUGUCCAGACCUGACUCAACCAUAAUUGACUUUUAUCCCGACGAUUUUAAAAUUGAUCUAAAUGGAAAAAAGUUCGCAUGGCAAGGAGUUGCCUUGCUACCAUUUGUUGAUGAAAACAGGCUAUUUAAGGCACUUAUACCUCUUCAUAGCCAUUUAACGGACGAAGAAGUUAAGCGUAACAAGAGAGGGGAAAAUAAUUUAUAUAUUAGUAAAUUUAGUCCCCAUUUCAAGACUGUUCAAAAACUUUAUCAACCAGUCUACAAAUCCCAACUUGAUUGUCCUAUAUCAUUUAAUGGAAUGUGUGGGACAAUUUCAAUAUCCGACCUCAACACAGCUAUGAAUGAUCAUUUGAAAUCUCCAAUACCUGGCUUACCUGAUAUUAUAAAAAAUGAAGUUGUAACAGCUGUGUUUAAGGACCCGAAGUAUGAUGAAAACUUCACCUUCCUAGCUAAAAGGCUUCCAAACGCUGUGGACCCUCCCCAAGUUAUACACUCGGAAAAUAACAAAAAUGGACCAAUUAUCGGUUUUGGAGGCCAUUCUCAAAGGGCUUACAUUCCUCCCGGCGCUCAAAGACUUGUAUCCUCCAGCAUUAGAACACAACGUAUCGACAACGGACAAAGGUUUGCAUAUCAAAAUAAUGGAAGAAAUUGCGUAAAUUAUAACAAUCAUCCAAUGCAAGGUUACUAUCCACAUCAAAGUGCAUCAUACCAUCAAAGAAAUACCGAUUCAAACUAUCAACAACGUAAUAAUUAUAAUGGAUCGAGGAAUCCUCAAAACCGGCAGUCAAAUAGAGGCAACUAUCAUCAAAACUCAAAUUAUAGACGAUUUUAAAAUACGUUUUUAAGCUAUCAACCGUUUUUUAUGAAUUACAAGAAGAUAUAACUUGAGUCAUACCAAUGUUUGAUUUUCUGGAUAUUAAUUCAGUUAUAUUUAACUAAUCUUAAAAAUAGGUUUGACAGAUAUUUUUUAUAUAAAUGGUAAUAAACAAACAAUAAAGCUAACUAUACUUGUACAUAAGUGAAGUUGUGGCAAUCAAACUUAAA